GAAGGCGGCGGAGCAGCGAGAGAGAGAGAGAGAAGCGGAGCGGAGCGAGCUGCGGAGAUUACACAGAGUUUCUGCGCUGCGUUCACGGGGCGCAAGAAGAGUAGAGGCCGCCGUCACCUGCCAGGAGCCCCCGAGCACGAGAGGAGGAGAGGUAGGCACGGUAACGGAGGACUGUCUAUACAGCAACGCAAGGAGGGAGCCAAGAUAAGAGCCGGAGUGGCCGUCGCAUCGCUCCCCAGCCUCUCCUGUCGAAGAGAUCCGGUGCUGAGCAGGAAAAGAUCGUUCAGAGAGACCGGCAACAAGAACGAGAGGAGGACGAGCAGAGGAGACAGGCUCUGAAAACAGCUGAGGAGAAUUAAAUCCAAACUGAGGAAUUACCACAACGUUCAGACUGAACUCUGCCCGGCGGAUGUUUCUGUUUUUUUAAUCUCUCUAUUUUUAAGUAGAGUCAUUGAUUGGAACAGACAUUUAUCUUUUUGUGAAUCACAGUAUUACUUCACCUCGACGUCUGCCUGAGAGAUGAAAGACUUGCUUCCUUCUCUUCUUUGUGAACCUUUUGACUGCCGAGUUUGAAAGAAACUCUGAAAGCUGAAGGGGAUUUUUUUAACUUGCGCAAUCUCUUUCAUUUUCUGUUGUUACGUUGCUGUUAUCUCACUCUUUUCUUUUCCUGAUGACGUACUGUUUCUCAUAAAAGGAAAGGAAGGAGCUGAGUGACUCAAGUUUCUCUACAGGAGCUCAAAUAGCAUUUGCAUUCCUGUUUGGCUCUCACAAGGAGACAAAUCCUCCCUUGUGUGUGAGACUGAGUGUGUUUUUUGUGUCGCUGUGAGUGUCCCUCUGUGAUACAUUGACGUUUCUCAGGGGACAAUAACCGGUCCUGUGUGUCUCCUCUGGAAAAAUGGGAUCAGAAAAGGACUCAGAGUCGCCUCAUUCUUCGGUGAGCGGCGUCCCGAACCCUAAGUGCCGUGCGGCGGGCAAACGCCAGGGCCGCAUCUCCUUUCAUAGCCUAUUUCACAGCAAACGGGGCUCUCGGGGCGCCAGGGGCCCCAAAGGAGGAGCUGCCACCCCUUUAUCCCAUCAUCACCAACAUCUCCACACACAACAACAGCUUCUCCCUACUGCCUUGAGCUCAGUGCCCGCCGCAGCCUCUGCUACACCCACAACGACGACCACCACAGCCACCACGACCCCCCAGGACGCUGCCUCGAGCACACCCUCAAAGCCACUCUCCUCCAGCCAGCCUUCCCUGGGUGGAGCCCCUUCCUCCGGGGAGGCCAACCUCCUGGAGUGCCCCCUGUGCCUGGUGCGCCAGCCCGCUGACCAGCUCCCCGAGCUGCUGGGGUGCAGCCACCGCUCCUGCCUCUGCUGCCUGCGACAGUACCUCCGUAUUGAGAUCACAGAGAGCCGAGUCCAGCUCAGCUGCCCCGAGUGUGCAGAGAGACUGGCCCCGCGACAGGUGGCGGACAUCUUGGAUGACGCGGCCCUGCUGGAGAAGUAUGAGGAGUUCCUGCUGCGGAGGUGCCUCGCCUCCGAUCCAGACUGCCGAUGGUGCCCGGCGCCUGACUGCGGGUUUGCCGUCAUUGCCUCGGGCUGUGCCAGCUGUCCCAGGUUGGUGUGUCGCAGAGAGGGAUGCGGCGCCGAGUUCUGUUACCACUGCAAACAGGCCUGGCACCCCAACCAGACCUGCGACUCUGCCCGCCAACAGAGGGCACAAUCCCUGCACACCCACAGCAACCACUCACCCAGCUACACACAGGAGCAGGGACCCGCUGAUGACAUCAAGCCCUGCCCUCGCUGUGGUGCCUACAUCAUCAAGAUGAACGAUGGAAGCUGCAAUCACAUGACCUGCGCCGUCUGCGGCUGUGAGUUCUGCUGGCUCUGCAUGAAGGAGAUCUCCGACCUGCACUACCUCAGUCCAUCUGGCUGUACAUUCUGGGGAAAAAAGCCUUGGAGCAGGAAGAAGAAGAUUUUGUGGCAGCUGGGCACCCUGAUCGGAGCUCCAGUCGGCAUCACCCUUAUCGCAGGCAUCGCUGUUCCCGCCAUGGUCAUUGGCAUCCCUGUUUACGUUGGUCGCAAGAUCCAUGCCCACUACGAGCUGAAGAAGACGUCUCGUCACAGGAGGAACCUGGCCAUCACAGGAGGCGUGGCCCUGUCAAUCAUCACCGCCCCUGUCAUUGCAGCUGUCAGCGUCGGUAUCGGUGUGCCCAUCAUGUUGGCCUACGUGUAUGGUGUGGUGCCCAUUUCUCUGUGUCGUGGAGGAGGCUGCGGUGUCAGCAGAGGGAAGGGACGAGGUGUACGCAUUGACUUUGAUGAGGACGAUGGUCCAAUCACAGUGGCCGAUGCAUGGCGAGCCCUCAAGUCCCCAAGCCUCGGCGAGAGCAGUCUGGACGGGGCGGUCAGCGGUCUGAGCACCACCUCCCCCAGUGAGGGGCUCUCCGUGGCCCCUGGGACUCUGGGUGACACACCCCACUUUAACACCCUGGCAGGUGGAGCUCUGGGAACACGCAACGGCAAAUACAGCAGGCUGGAGGUGCAGGCAGGGGAGCUGGCUAAAGAAUCCGCCCAGAGGGAGACAGGCAGCCUGGGCGCAGGGAGCGACUGCGCCAGCACUCGAGGAAUGGCCGGAUCCAUCAUCUCGUCCUACACACUACCUGACAGGGAGUGCACCAACCUGGAGAUCCAGGUGGACAUUGAGACCAAACCCAGCCAUCUCUGCCUGACCAGCGAAGAGGACCUAACCCCACCCCCGGGCUCCGCUGCCAUGGCGACUGUCUCAGGUGUGGAGGAGCCUCAGGACUGCAGCUCCAGGAGGGGCGGGGCUCUGUCUGGAUCAGUGUUGGGACUGUCACCGGGCGUGUCAAUCAGGGAGGGGCUCCGAGACGUCACCCUAGCGCAACCGGAGAGCAUCCGCAGUGACCUGGAGAUGUCGGACACUCAGUCGGACGACAUCGCAGAGCUGACGUCAGAUGACUGUGACUCCCCUCACCCGAAAAGCUGUCACCUGGCGGCCGGCCAGCAGCCCCCCUCCUGCCGAGCCCUGAACCCCUCUGAAGGCCUUCACUGUCCCGCUGACAGCAAUGUCAUCCUCUACGUUUGAGGGAAGAGCGGCUGCCAGGAUUGCACAAAAAAACUCGACUCGAAAACCCAAUCCCGCCAACAGUUACACCUGAGCUCUCCUUUACUUCAUAGCUUUUUUUGGUCAUUUCUCGUUUGCUGCUUUUGCGACUCACAGACACCGUCUUAAACACAGACAGCGUUUGUUUACUUCUGUCUGUCUGAUCUAUCUACCUGUCAAUCUCCUCACUGAGUAAAUUGUCAGGGUUCUACCUCUGAGAUUUAUAAGAUGAUGAUUUAUGUUUACUCCUUGGUGCAAAUGCCUUGGCUACUUAAGCAAAAAAAAGAAAAAAAGAAAAAAAAAAAGGUACACAUUUUCCACAAGAAAUAUUGCAAUUAUGAAAUUAUGAAUUAUAAGGUGAAAUGCCACCGAGCACAGCAGAGGGAGACAGAUCGUUUGGAAAACAGAUGUUUGCCGAGGACAGAGGGGUGUUUCUAACUGUGUGAAUGAAUGUGGACUUCACCUGUUGUGGCUUUAUUUUCUUCUUUUCCUCUAUUUAUAUUCAGAUGACCUUGAAAUUGUGUUAUGUGCCGCAUGCAUGAGUCUGCAUGAGCCAUGCCUUGUGUGAACGAUUUAAAAGGGCGGUGAGUUUCUGUUACACUGGUGUAAGUGAAAGUUUACGUUAGAGGAUGAAGCUGCACUUGAAUCUUAAUUUUCCUGCACAGAGGAGGAAGAAGAGGAGGAGGAGGACAUGUGGACAAAAAAAAGAGUUUUGGAUUACAGGAAUAAAUGAUUGAGUUCUGACAAUGACGCGGCGAGGCCAGGAGACACUGCGGUAAAAUGCACUGAGAAAAGCCAUUUUAUCUAUUCUGUUAAAGUCUAUGUCAGUGUAAGACAGCCCAGCAUAUUAAACAUUGUCAUUGUGUUUUGCACUGAGACAUACAUCAAACACAUUUACCAUUUCAUAAAUCACCCACUGAGAAACGUAUAUAAUGUUAAUGUCAAAAAUGCAAAGGUUCUGCUUGUUUUCUCUGAUCUCAAGGAAUUUAGGUAGUGAAAUAAGUCAUUUCGCAGCGGUUGUGAUGCUCAAAUAAAUUUUAUCGUCAACUAUUGAAACAGGAGAAGUUUCAAUUCUGCAACCUCUCCACUAGAUGUCACUAAAUCCUACACACUGGACCUUUAAAACAGCAACUCAGUUUUCAGAUGCCUGUGAGUUGUUCACAGCAGUGGUGGGAUGUACAUUUACUCAUGUGCUGUGCUCAAGUACAAAUCUGAGCUACUUGUAUUUUCUUGUCCACUUUCUACUUCUACUCCACUACAUCUCUGAAGGAUAUACUGUACUUUCUACUCCACUACAUUUAUUUGACAGCUUUAGUUACUUCACAAAUUAAGAAUUUUGCACACAAAACAAAGAGCCUCUAAAAUAUCAUGUAUCAUGCCUCUAAAAUAGCAGUUUAUACAAGUACAGCUGAACCCAUUAGUCAAUUAAUUAACUUGUAAAUUGAUUU